CUCCGCUGCUUGAAAACUUUACUUUUCGAGUUAAUGGUGGAGCUGAGGCACGUGAUCCACCAGGUGGCGCUCGGACCACUGCUCGCGAGCGGCGCUCGAGCGAUCUUGACCUUUUUUUCUAAUGCUAACAUGCUAACUGCUAGCGGUCGUGGUGGUUAAGUAGAGACGUUUUAAACAUUUAAAAACAGCGGACUGUUGAGGAUCAUACAACAAAAUGAAGUGCGUCAUUGAAAGAAAUGGCGUCAAAGUUUUUGGAAAGGCAGUUCAUGCUCUAUCCCGGGUUGGUGAGGAAAUCUGGUUGGACCCACUGGAAAAAGGGCUUGCUGUAAGGACCGUGAACAAGGCCCAUUCGGCGUAUGCUUGUUUCCUCUUCUCUCCCAUGUUCUUCCAGCAUUAUACCUCGAUGUCAGACCAACUGCAGGAUAAUAAGUAUGCAAAAUGCAAAGUAUCCUUAAAGUCGGUGCUGCCCCUUUUCCGUAGCAUCGCCACAUUAGAGCGCAGUGUGUACAGAUGUGAAAUAACCAUCAACAUCUUGGAGAGCAGGGUGGUAUUCCAGUUUAAGUGUAGAAAUGGAAUAACCAAGACACAUAACUUGGGGUACCAAGUAUGUGAAGCUCUACAAGCAGUUUUCCCAGCUAAUCUGUGCCCGAAUAAUUUAAAAGCACAUCCAAAACUUCUCAGUGACACAGUGAUGCACUUCCCAAUCUCACAAGAGGAAAUCACACUAUCCAUAUCACCCACUAGAGUGACACUGAAGACUUAUGUUGAAGAGGACAAUGAUCGCAUAAUGUACACGGAGAUGUUUCUUCAUCCUGAUGAGUUUGACUACUUCCAUCUCCGAGUGGAGUCAAAUAUAACCUUCUGUCUCAAAGAACUAAGGGGCUUGCUGGCAUUUGCAGAAUCUCAUGGCCUACAUGUGUCUGUCCACUUUGGUUCAUCUGGAAAUCCUGUGUCAUUCAGUUUGGAGGAUAUGUUGCUGGAAGCUGUAGUAAUAUUGGCUACACUAAUAGAUCCAGCCAGUGAGAAUCCAUCCCAGGUCUCUGUUGCUCAGGAAGCUCCAGCACGUAGUGCAGUCUCUUUGCACAAGGGUCCAGUAGAGGUAAAGGCUACUAAUGUAGAGCAGGUGGCCUCCAGCCAGGGAAGUCCAUUCUUCAGACCAGCUUUCCAUAUGAGGAAGAUUAUGCAGCUAGUUGGAGGUGUGGGAGAGAAAUCUCAAGCUUCUUUGAAUGGAAAAAGCUCUGAAUGUGCCCUGACCACAAAAGCAACACCAGACACUUUCAAGGUCUGUUCUCUGCUUUUUGGGGCCGUAGUGUGUGAUCAAGAUGAAACAAACAAAUCUGAACUUCCCAGUUUGGUGUAUGCUAGUGACACCGAUGAUGAUGUCGGAGACAAUUUUGCGAAGAGGAAGUCAAAUAACACCAAAUGACAAGUGUAGAGGUUCCAGGGGAGAAAUGUAUAUGUUUUGAACGUGUUCUAAAAACAGUGAUAUGACUUGUAUCUGAGCUAGAAAUAAAUUUUUUUUAAAAUCUA